AUGGAGACAUGGAAAAAUGGCGAAGAAGAUGCAAAAGACGGCAAGAUUCCGCCGGAGAGAAAGGCGGCCAGGAUGGUUGAGCAAGGUCCGAGAGGCGACCUCCAUGUCUGGUACGCUGAGCAGCAUGUGUACGAGCACUGGGACUGGAAGAAAGUCAAGAAGUACGAAAAGGGCAAGGACGAACAGGGGCUUGUGGCGUACUACGGCGACCCGUAUCGCGAUAACGAGCUGGUCUCCGAGGAAGAGUUGGUGUUGAUGACGCAGUGUGAGUUCCCGAAUCGAGAAAUGUUGGCCAUGAAGGUCUACUGUGACGGCUUGCACUCGCUAUUGAUUCUCGUGUACAAGGACAUCGAGAAAGACAGCACUUUUGCCGAAAUCCGUAGCAAACGGGGCGUUCACAGACAGAGUUUUCCCAUAUACAUGCGUGGCAAUCUUCUGAUCAAAGUGGGCAAGCCGUAUGUGGCUUUUGGCUCUUCCGAGGGAUACGUCUACGUGUACAAAGUGGACGUGCUGCUCGACGCUCCACUCCGGCGAGCAAACGUGGGCGGGCCCCACUCGCGGGUGUUUCAUAAUUUUAUUCUGUUCAACGCAGGCCACGAGAUAUCUUCUCAUUUGCAAGAGGGUCAGGUGGUAUUCAAAACUGCCCUUUUUGACCACGAGCCUCUUUUCGAUAUUGUUGGCAGCUGGUUGGUCUACUGUCCGACAAAGAAGGAAGUACAGUACCAUAAGCAGAUGCAUUCUGAAAAUUCCAAUCUGACUACCAAAUCUUCAAGCUUGUAUACACCGACCAAGCUUCCUUCCUCCGGCCCACUCCUCAGCCGCGUCUUGUCCUCUGUCUCUAAUACUGCUGCUGAUAAGCUUUUCAAGCUUUCGGAUCUCGGAACCAAAAAGGUCCACAGCUACUUGAAGAAAAAGGAUAAUUUUAUCGAUAAGGAUGUGUCGCUUCACUCGCUUAGUUCCAGCAUUGGCGACGCAUUCUUUUCCACGGUGGACACCCUCAAGAAACAGGCACGGGCAUAUGGCGAAAAUGAGGUUAUUCAUGUGAUUGACAUUGCAAAUGGGCAAACCAUGGCACUUUUCAAGCCGCCGGGCGGCGUGCUGCAUCUUUCUCUAAGCCCUUAUGACUUACAUUUGGUCCAUGCAAGCCUCAAAGGCGAUAAUCUUUACAUGUGGGAUCUUUGCAAAUUACCCAAAGAAGUUUCUUUGGUGGGGAAAUUUAUGCGAGGGAAAACCAGCGCCAGCAUCCAAGACUUGGUAUGGUUUGUCAACGACAACAAUACAGAGAAUCUACGAGGAACCAACUUUGGCUUUGGCUGUAUCACAAAAAGAUCGGGCUCCGUCCACUGGUACAAUGUUAAUUAUCUUUCUGGGGGAAACGAAGCAAAUUACCCCAAUACAUUUGACGAGACCAGUCCGAAUAUCCCUGGGAAAAACCAGUUUUCGGACUCGUGGAUUUUGCCCUCGGCCAAAGGUAUCAAAUUCUUGAAACUUCCUGGUUGUGCAAAUGUGCCUGGCGACUUGACCCAAGCACAGCACAAUGGGUCGAUGUGGAGGCAUAGAAAAACGGGACUCGUACAGCUUGCAUUUAUGGAUGCGGAGAAUAACUUACGUCUCGUCUCGCCCUUAAAUGGGAGCCACACAUUCAAGUAUGUCUUGCCAAAGUCUCUGGUGUCACUAGUCGCAGGCUUAGAAAGUAAGUUAGUGGACCCAUGGGCCCCGCUAAUUGACCCAACACCUAUAGCGAAGAUGAAUGAUGAGACGCCUUUGUCGAUGGCAGAGAUUGAAACGGCUGCCCCAUAUUUAAGCUUCAUCCACGACAAGGGAAUCGAGUUUGCUACAUAUGAUUUUGGCGACGAAGGCGACGCCAAGCUCUUUGAUCUCUUUCAAGAUUUUGGAAUGGAAGUGCCUGUACGUCCGUUGGAUUUUCCUUCCCAUGUUGAGCUGAGAUCAGCACUGGGGUUAUGGGAAAACGACAACAGUACCUCGUUUUUGGCGUCGAGUUCAACAUCCACGAACGAAGAGUCGGCGGUCUAA